AUGACAGAAUUUCCAAAACAAAAAGAAACCCUAAAACGAUUCAAGUCACUAUGCUCCCCAACUGUGAUUAAAGUCAAUAAUAACAAAUGGACCUAUUUCAAAUGCUGUCACUCAGACACGCUACCGCCUUUGAUCAUGUUACAUGAUUUGACGGGUUCUUCACAAGAUUUUUACAAUCAAUUUUCAAUGGUAUUUGACGAGGGCAAAGAUUUAAAUUUAAUAAGUGUGGAAAUACCCUCGCAUUGCACCACAAUCGAUGAAUUUACAAUGGAAUUUGACAAGUUUUUGGAUGUUCUUCUGUUUUUAAAUGGUACCAUGAACAGUGCAGCAUCUCCACCUAAACCUACGAUAGCGAAUGGAAACUUGAAACGAUCAGAGCCUUUAAUCAUUUCAAAAAAUCGAAAUAAUUCAAAACAAUUGGUUCAUCUUUUUGGAUGUGGUCUAGGAGCAUUUUUAAUUCAAUGCUACGCAGAGCAGUAUCCUGACAAGGUUGCAAGUCUCAUGAUAGUCAAUGGAUUUAUGAACAACAAGAUUUUCAGUGAUUAUUCACCCCUCAAUGACCUGUAUAUACUAGCCCCUAAAUUCAUUCUUUCUACCAAGGUGUUAGAUUUAUUUUCUCCCUUUAAGGAUCGUGAGUUUGCAAAUAAUGAUGAAAUAUUAUACGCCAUUGAAUAUAUGGUUGACAAGAUUACCGAUGAAACCUCUCAAAAGCAACUCGCGUCGAGACUUUGUCUCAUUAGUGACGAGCGAAUGAUUAACACCAAGAAAAUAAUUGAGAAAAUAGCCAAGCCCUAUAACACCUGUCCUUGUAUCACAAUCGUUGAUUGCAUGGACGAUGUGAACAUGAUAUAUCCAACGAGUUUGAGAACAGAACUUCACAGCAAGUACUAUCAUCCACAAAAUAAUAUUCGACUAUGUCUCAUGAAACAAGGAGGACAAUUCCCUUACCUUUCUGCUACAGACGAUUUUAACAUUUAUUUAACUGUACAUUUGAGAGGAAUUUAUCAAAAUUAUUCAGAUAUUGACAACAUGGAGACACUCCAAGUCUCGAGUCCAGUAUUGUCAGGCAUGAAUUUUAAUGAAAAUGGUUUUUCGACACCCUUCUCUCCUGAAGCUUCUUUCGAAUCGAAUGCUUCCAAGAAUGCAUCCUCUGCGCUUCCCAUCCUGUACAAACACAUUUCAUUCACCCCUCAUACACCUCCAGAUAUUGCUGAAGAGGAUAUUACGAUUUAUUCGUACAGAAGUAUGAAUAACAAUCAUGAUUUUGAAGGAGAACUCUAUAGUGAGGAACCAGAAUGUGACGACGAUGAGUCACGAUGUUCAUCUAGUCAUGAAUUGAUGCGAUUCAAUUCUCAUUCCAUGAGUCGUACUAGUGGUAGUGUUGCAAUGAGGCAUCGUUCGAGUUCUGCAUCCAACAACACGCUACCCACAAUUGUUGGAAUUGUUCACAAUGAAGAAGAUGAAGACGAUGAGUCCAGUCUCAAUACCUCCAGACAACAUGACAUUCUGUUCUAA